GGUUUUCUCUGGGUGUCUUUAAAGAGAAAAAGAGAGUAAGUUAUUGAGUUAGCAAGAAAGGAAGAGAGCAGGAGAUGGAAGGGGAUUUUUCUGUUUGGAGCUACCAAGAGGGAAGCAACUGCUAACUCUUUGCAUGUCUGAAAGAUAAUCCAGAAAUGCUAAUUUUAAAGAGUGGUUUCUGAUAUCUGGCAUGAGCCCACUUUGAGUAUUGAUGAGCUGAAGCACAAGCUUCUCUACACUACCUAUGAACUGGAAUCUACAAAAAUGGAUGCAAAAGUGGAGAUGAAAAAGAAUGAUGAGUAUAUAAAGCAACUUCUUCAACUCCUUAAGGUUGCUUACCAUGAAAGAGAUGUAGCGCGAGAUCAGUUGCAGACGGUACUAAACAAAGUCAUUCCAAAUAGCCAAACAGAAUUCUUCUCUGUUCUUCCAAAUCUUCAAUCUGAAAGCCCUGUAUUGAAACCCAAAGGAGUGAAUUCAAGCCUUACUGAAUCAGAAAGUCUAUCUGAAACAUACAAUCAUCACUCAUUUGGCUCCUCCCCUGUAGAUUCUUUGAUGGAUCCAGUUUCUUCUCCAGAAAUGUCGAACAUGAAUGUUGGUGAUUCAUGUAACCUUGGAUUGCCACACCAGCCUCUCAUUCGAGAGUGUAAUGUCCCCAGGUCUAUGGAUAUCUUCUCUUCAGGAAAUGUAUCUGCAUCACUAGGUACUAUUUCAUCAGUUGCACCCAAGGUUGAUCGUGCUUCAUCAGUAAUCAAUAGCCUUACCAAGGGAAAACCUCUUCCUCAAAAAGGGAAACUUCUACAAUCUGUAAUGGAAGCAGGACCACUGCUUCAGACACUACUUGUUGCAGGACCUCUUCCUCGAUGGCGUAAUCCUCCACCAUUGCUACCAUUCAAAAUACCAGCUGUUUCUAUCAGAGGUUGUGUUCCUGAAAUAGUUAAUCAGAAAAAUGUUCCCAAUCCGAAUUACAUGGUUCCAAGUUCAUUUGGUUCAUCAUGCCGUGAGAUGUCAUCUCAGAUAAGCUCUACAUCUGUGCUGAAUUUUUCAAACAGUCCAGUUUCAUGUCUAGACAAUGGGGAGCUAUUAUCUUCUACAAUGAAUCAGGAUUUUUCCCAGAGACAUAUCAUGACUGCGAAACGGCUAAGACUCCACUAAGAUCGAUCCUUCCUUCUUCAGACCUAGACAAGCAGCACCUAUACUUUUCUUUCAUCUGUAUAAAUACAAAUGUUGGUGGUGUAAAUGGAAUACUUCCUUUUUUCUGUUUUAAAUUCUUCUGACUGACUUUAGCCAAACUUCACUUACUGAAAAAUUAAAUUGACUUAAUGCGACAGAACUACGAUCAUCUCUUGAUUU